UUGCUCCUCUACAGAGCCACCGCAACACCUGCCGCCCGCAUAUUGCCUCCCAAUAGUCAUCACAAUUUUAGUGCUGUACUGGCGUAUACGUUACUAAGAUUUCGGAAUCGAGUCCAUCUCAAGCAACCCGCGCUGUGCGCACGGCCCAGUGUCGCAAUUAUCGGUGCACCAGCAGUUCGACUCACUAUUCUUACGACGUUCGCAAUUAUUUGAGGCGGAUCAGGAUCUGGGUGGAAUGGCGAGUGAGAUGCAGGCUCGGACGAGUCGGGCCGGCUCGGGCCGCAUCACCGUCACUCCGUCUAAGCCUCCCGGGAGCCCCCCGAUCGGAGUCACUCCGUCUGAGCCUCUUCCACCAGCCUUGAACUUGCCGCGGCGCGCCCAUCUGGUUGUUCCAUCCGAGGCUCUCGAAUGAGCUAUAAAGCAGGGUCACUCUAGCGAUAAGCAAAUAAUUCCGGGUGAUUCGAUUUUCUAUCUUCAGCCUACUACUACUUCCUUCUCCAAUCAGAUCUCCGAACCGUCUCCGCCUUCAAAAUCAUGGCCUUCACUCCAGCUCGCGUCUUAGUCUUAGCGGCAUUCCUGGCGGCGAUGCUCGCAAUCGCCUUCGCCGAUCACGAGGAAGUCGACACCUACUCGGCCAAGCUGCUGGGAGCCAACGAGGUUCCCAAGAAUGACUCCCAAGCUGCUAGGAACGCCGUCGGCGACCAACGCGGCGUGGUGUACAUGAAGCUGCGCAUCUACAAGGAGGACGGCAAGGCCAAGUGGGUCAAGUACACGGUGAAGGCGAGCCGGCUGAAGGGCGAGAUGCCACCGAUCAAGACGCACGUGCACCCAGGGAGGAAGGGCGAGAACAACCCCGUGCUGCUGGACCUGCCAUGCACCUACGAGAAGAAGGGCGCCGAGGAGUGGCGCUGCGAGGGCGCGCUCGGGAAGGACAAAAAGGAUCGCUCCGACUCGCUGCUGUCGGCGCUCAAGGCCAUCUCCAAGGACCCCAGCGCGCACUAUGGGAAUAUCCACACGAAGAGGUACCCUGAUGGCGCCGUGCGCGGACAGUUCUCUAAGGAGUAGGAAAGGAAGCUAGAAAGCUGCUUUUGCUAAGGGGAGCUGUCUAGAAUGCUCAGCAAGCAAGGGAAUAAAGAGCAGUUGGUAUAACGGGGGUAUCGGUAGAGUGGCGAAUUGGCAGCCAAUAGCGUGUUUCGCUUUGUUCGGUGUUGGUGCAUCCUAUAAUGAAAUUCGUUUUGAUGA